GGCUUCACAAAUCUUCUUAAUAUCCUGACUUGACAGUCUUAUCAUACAAGAUAUUACUUUUGCAAUUCAAUGGGAAGAUGGUAUUCUUCGUAGUAGCGUAUUAAUUCUAAGAAUUUCUCAUCUCAAACUUCACUUCCAUUAUGCAUCAUUCCCCUACCCAUCUAAACUUCACUUCUAUUAUGUACCAUUCCACUUCCAUCUAAACUUCACUUUUAUCAUGCAUCAUUCCAUUACCAUCCAGUGUCAUCCAAGGCCACAAGGCCCAAACUCGAACGGUACCUGUUUUCUACCUAAUUUGAUUCUUUUAAAAGUCAACUAUUCCCAUCUUGUCGCGCUUCUCCUUCUUUUCCUCAACAACAAAAACAAAAACAAUAAACAAAAGCAAAAACAAUCAACCCAAAAAAAAAAGAAAAAUGGCAACCCACGAUUUACUAACCAAUCCCCUCGCCGUUCGCAAUCCAAACCCUUUAAAUCUAAUCCCCUACUCCGUAGCUACAGGCAUCUACUCCCCAGAAGGAAAAGACGUCUACAUAACCCACGCCAACAUCCGUCCGAGCACCCACGUCCCAGGAAUCCCCUCCCCAUACAGCCAAGAGCAACUGGAGCGACGCGCACUAUACAUCAGUGGAAUCCCCCCCGAAUGGCAAACCCCCGCUUUCCGACGCAUCUUCCAAAUCUACGGAACGGUGGAAAAAUGUCCUAUUAUCUUCGAUCUGGCUUCGCAGUCUACCUUUCGCUUUGUGGUUAUGCAGACGAGGGAGGAGUGUCUUCGGGCGAGGGAUUCAGUGCAUGGAUUUGUGUUGGAGAGACAUAUGAUUUUUACGGCUGAGGCGUUGCCGUCGAGCUCGUUGCUGAGUCUUUAUUCUUUGGGUUUGGAUACUUUGGGUUUGAGUACGUCGGAUGCGCAAAUUGAUAAUCGAGAAGAUCGAAAAGAUGAAGAUGAAGGUGAAAUUGAACUCGGAGAUUUGGAUAUCAAUCAGCAGAAUGUCGGAAUUAACGGACCAUAUAUAUAUGGUAGUGGAAUACUCGAUCAAACACCAAUUACACAUCGUCAUCCAUCUCCUCCUCAAAUCAAAUUACCCACCGUCUCUGUUCAAGGAGCCGAAACAGAAAAUGAAUCUCAACCUCCAACUCGCAAACACAGACCCACACCCUUAAAUCUAACAGGUCUAACCAACAAACCCAAUCGACGGAUUUCCCCCCUCUUACCCCCUCAAUCCCCCUUCCCAACCCAAACAAACUUUCCCUCUAUCCCCGAAACCGACGAAGACCCCCAUUCAAAUACCCUCACUAACACCACAACCACAUCCCCAACCCACACCCCCACUCCAAGCCAACACCUGGGCCAAUCGUCAGCUCCGCCACCCCCUCCCACCAAACCAUCGAUCUACACCCCUCAACCCCCCGCUCCGGCCGCCGCCUCACAAGCAUCGGACGAAUCCCCACUCUCCCCACCCUAAAACCCAUGAUCCACGAACCCCUCUCCCAACAAGCCCGCGUGGUCCUCAUCCUCAACAUUCCGCACACGCUAACCCUCUCCGACAUCAGCAACGCCGUGCGCGAAGGACCCGUCGUUUGUAUCCGCUUCGGAAUCGACAGCGACACCUCCCUCCGCUUCUCGGGCAUCGUAUUCCAACACGCGCAAGACGCGCAAACGUUCUACGACAUCCUACGCGGGGAGCACUCAGAUCGUACAGCGAGUCGAUUUCGCUUUUUAGCCAACGCGGUAAAAGGUGAUCCGUUCCCGAUAAACGAAGAUAUAAUCGCAAUGGGCGCACCCAUGUACGCAUCACGACGCUUAACGAUUGUGAAAAAAGCAUUUUUUUUCGCCUUUACAGGAAAAAAUUUACAGACGCUUUGUGAGCGGGAAGUUGGGAGGGAGAAUGUUCAGUUGGUUUUUGUGUAUAAUGGGGGGAAUGCGACGGUUGUGUUUGCGGAGGUGAGGGCGGCGAUUAGGAUGAAGGAUAGACUUGAGAGGUUGAGGGAGGGGGCGGGGAAUGGCUCGACUUGCUCGAUUUAUGAGGGUUUGCAGGUUUCGUUUUCGAAGGAUCCGUGUGAGUUGGAGGGGGGGUUGAAUUUGCAGGCUGCGGAUGGGUAUCAUGCUUGAAUUGAGUGUGGGUGGGUGGAUGAUGAGAGGAGAGUUGUUUUUGGAGCGAGAGGAAGUGGUGGUGGUUUGGGAAAAAAGACUUUCGAUUGGAAGGUUUGUCUUGCUAAAUGGCUGUUUUCUUUGGCUCGUUACUUGAUUCCACUUGGAUCUUCUCAGCUGCUCAUGGUCGUUGGAUCCCUUACAUUCAAUUAUCUCCUUUUGUUUCUCAAAGACGGACUAUUUGAUUAUCGCGAUGUACUCGACUCGUCUAAGCGUUCUGGUUUCUUGUUUUGUAUUUUGCGACCAUACUAUGGAUAUGGAUAUUGAUAUGGAUCUUUCGAUACAAAGAUCUCGAGCACCAUGGUGGACAUCUCAUUCUGCUUCUGUUUAA